UUUCUUUUCUUUUUUAACGCUUUGACAGCUGUUUUUGCGUUAAGUCGGAAUUGCAAAAUUUGCUGCGAAAAUUCGAUAAAAUUGCAAAAUUUUGUCUUCUUUCGUUGGAUUUUCAACUUCCAAAAGUUUCAAAUUAGUGUGAUAAACCCCCUAAAGGCACAAUCAAAUCAAAACGACACCCACCGCAAGGGGUUACCUUCGGAUUGUCUGCAGUUUGUGCUUGCUUCUGGGAACGACAACUACAAUGGCCUGGCGCUCUCGGGGACUUACCAAUGCAGACCUAAUCCGUCAGCUGCAAGAACACGGAAUAAUUAAAAGUGAACGAGUCGCUCAGGCUUUGAUAGCAACGGAUCGCAAGCAUUAUGUGGCCAGCAAUUUGCAACCCUACUUAGAUGCCCCGCAACGGAUUGGCCAUGGGGCCACCAUCAGUGCCCCUCAUAUGCAUGCAUACGCUUUGGAGCUUCUUGAACCAAAUUUGAAAAGCGAUAGUAAAGUGCUGGAUGUGGGUUCCGGUUCCGGAUAUUUGACGGCAUGUUUUGCCCGCUAUAUCCACCAGAAGCAGGACGCAACCGGGUAUGUGGUCGGGAUAGAGCAUCAUCCCCAGCUGGUCGAACUGGGACGGUCAAACAUAAAGGCAGAUGACGAAAGCCUAAUCGACACGAAGAAAGUUAUUCUCGUUGAGGGAGACGGUCGAAAGGGCUUCAAAGAGCACGCACCGUACGACUGUAUCCACGUGGGAGCUGCUGCACCGGAAACACCUCAGGAGCUGAUUAACCAACUGAAACCGGGUGGCCGGAUGAUCGUGCCCGUUGGUCCCGAUGGUGGAACGCAGUACCUGGAACAGUACGACAAGGAAUCCGACGGCAAGGUGGUCAAAACGCGCUUGAUGGGGGUGAUGUACGUCCCCUUGACGGAUCUACACACGUGAUGCCUGAGCCGCGGUGCGUUCUGUAUGGCACUACGAGUGCUGCUGGUGCUGAUUUUGCUGCUUCUGUUUGCCUACAGUUUGAAGAAACGUUUUUAUUAGGCGGUUGUGUUUUUCUCUGAAAACAUGCUUCAAAGAGCCCUAAUCGUACGUUGUUUAGACUUAACAAACGUGUGAUCUUCGAAAUUUGUAAUGCUGUGUUUGAUUUAAAUCAAUUUACAAAGAAAUUUAUUUGAAGAAAGCGAACUGAUUUCUUGAUUCUUGAUGUUUAGUAGUUAACACUUCGAUAUCCAAUAUCCAUUUUAAAGGUACUCUAUACAUUAAUAAAUAUACUGUGUGCAAAAAAA